AUGUCAACAGCAACACCUCUUCAGACAACAAAAAAGAGUUCAACCACCACAACUAAUGGACAACAACCAUCAAAACGACCUGGUAUACGUAAAAUAAUGACCUGGAAUUAUAGGCAAAAAGAUAAAAAGCCCUCACACCUCGGUUACAAUAGUGCUCCAGAAGACGAUCCACAAGCACCACCACCAGCCAGCCCAACACCCAGUUUCAAAAGUGUAAAAAAUGGACGACCAUCACUAUUUGCCGCAUUUGCUCGCAGGAAUUCCACAAAAAGCUUAAGUGAAAAUUCAACACGCAGUCGCUCACCAACAAGUCCCCGUCCAUCCACUGAAUAUGGUAUUUCGGUUGAUGGCUUCCGGACCCCAAGUCCAACACCAUCACGGAAUUCAAUGAUAUUUGAACGAGAUAUUGAGUAUCAUGACCAUUUGAGUGUUCCCGAAGCUAUUGAUAUAGCAAUUCCGCCUGUGUUAGAUACUCUGGCAUCUGAUGAGAUACCAACAAUCCUUGCUGAAAAUGGCAUUAAAUCAUAUGAUGAUGAGCACUCGGAUGGUGGUCCUUGGGCUCCUAGUCUUCUCGAAACUAUCGAAAAACAUAAAAGAUCAUCCUCCGCCUCCUCUAAUAGCAACAAUAUUAUUAACAAUCAAUUGGACAUGUUGAGACCUCCAAGUCCAAGUCCAUUUGAUACUCCAUUAAUUGCGGAGACUCUACGAGGGACAAGUCCAAAAGUGAUGAAUGAACUUGCGGCGGGGGCUAAAGAGACAAAUGAGAUCAAUGGAAUAAAUGAUAAUCCAUAA